UUUUACAUCCACUGUAUUUAUAGUAUGAUGUUUUUGUACUUUUCUUACUCGCAGUGUAGAAGAAAGGAAGGGAUUUCAUCACAAACAUGAUGGAGAACAUAAUGGAAGACCUGAGACAAAGACUGCAGGAGAAGAUCCAAGAGACAACGAUGCUGCAGCGAGAGGAGACUGAGAGCCUUAUGGAGAUCAUGAGGGAGGAACUAGAGCACAGAGAGGAUGAGAUUGAGCGAAAGAGGCAAAAAUUAGAAAAGAUGGAUGAAGAGAUCGUAAAAAUGAAGCAGGAACUGAUGGAAGGAGAUGAAAAGGUGGAGAAAACGAAAAGAAAGAUCGUGAAAAGGAACGGAGUGAUUGAGAGAAUGAGACAAGAACAAGAAGAGAAGGACGAACAAAUCAAAUCACUGAGACAGGAGACAGAAAUACAGAGACAGAAACUGGAAGAGAAAGAUGAACAGAUUAAUCAGUUGAAGAAAGAGAUAAACGACAUGACAGAGAGUAUGGGACGUGUCCUGAUAUGGAGGGAUGAAGAGAUGAAAAGACUGAGACGGGAGCUAAAUAUCAGCACAGUGAGUUUUAUACAAGACGUGGACCUAGAUUAUAGGACCAAGAUAAUGAAACAAGAACUAAAAGAGAAGAGUGAAGAGAUUGAAAGAGUGAGAGAAGAGCUGGAGGAGAAGAGUGAAGAGAUUGACAGAGUGAGAGAAGAGCUGGAGGAGAAGAGUGAAGAGAUUGAAAGAGUGAGAGAAGAGCUGGAGGAGAAGAGUGAAGAGAUUGACAGAGUGAGAGAAGAGCUGGAGGAGAAGGAAACACAAAUUGAGAGCCUGAGGCAGGAGCAAGAUUACAAGAUGGAGAGAAUGAGACGAGAACUGAAAGAAAAGGACGAAGAGAUGGAGAGUCUCAGACAGGAACUAAAUGACAAGAUUGAGAGAAAGAGGCAAAAACUGGAGGAGAAGGAUGGAGAGAUGGAGAGAAUGAGGAGGGAAGCAGAAUACAGUACAGAAAGAAUGAGACAAGAGAUGGAAGAAAAGGACGAAGAGAUG